AUGCAUCAAAUCAAAUAUGGCUUGGGCAUGCCGAUGUCUACCAUCGCAGAAGAUGACCUGGUCCGAUUCUUCCAGUGUCUCUGGGCGACAAUUCCGACCUAUAAUCUAGCCCUGUUGCUUUGCAAGCUGUCGAUAGUCUUCUCAUAUCUGCGUGUAUUCAAGAUUCCGACGACACAAAAGAUUUGCAAGACUAUGCUGGCGGUGCUUGCGGUAUACGGUGCCUGGACUGUCUUCGGCUCGAUCUUCAUGUGCGUCCCCGUGCAAGCCUUCUGGGGCGACGGCACGGGGAAGUGCAUGAACCGCUUGGCUUUCUGGUUUUCCAACGCAGCUUUAAACAUUGUCUCGGAUAUUGUCAUUUGCUGCAUACCCAUACCACUCAUCAAAUCUCUGCAAAUAUCGAAGAAGCAGAAGAUCGCACUCAUUAUGGUGUUCGCUGUAGGAGGGUUGUGA